AUGUUCCUCUCGCUUACUCUCUCUCUUUUUCACUUUCUCUCUUUUCUUUCCCAAUUUCUUCUUAAUCUCUUUCCCUUUGAUAUUUUCAUUCUUUCUUUUUUUUUCCUUUCACACGUCCUUUGUCUCUUUACGUUGUUUUCGUUUUCUUUCCUUCAUUUUUCAUUUUUCUCUCGCUAUUUCUUUCUUUCUUUCUCUCACCAUCUCUUCUUUAUUUUUGGCUCAUCUCUUUCGUAUUUCUCUCUCUCUCUCUCUCUCUCUCUCUCUCUCUCUCUCUCUUUUAUGUUGCUGUUUUUCAUUCUUUCCUCUCCCUGUCAUUUUUCCUCAGUCUUCUCUCGCUAUGUUUUUCUUUCUUUCUCUUUUUCUUUGUUUACCGUGAUAUUAUUUGUCUUUUUGUCUAUGGCUCACAUUCUCUUUCUCCUUUUUUUAUUUUUCUCACCUUCUUUAUCUUUUAAUUUUUUCUUGCUUUUCAUUUCUUUCUCUCUUGCUACUUAUCUUAUUCUUUCUUUCUUUCUUUCUUUCUCUCUUGCUACUUAUCUUAUUCUUUCUUUCUUUCUUUCUCUAUCUUUCGUUUUUUUCUUGCUCUCUCGUUAUCUUUCUUUCUCUAUUCCUUUUUCUUUACUUUUUUUCAUCUUUCUUUUUUCUUUCUUUCUUUCUUUCAUUCACUAUCUUUUAUUUUCUUUCUUGCUCUCUCCCUAUCUUUCUUUCUCUAUUCUUUUUUUCUUUCCUCUUUUUUUCAUUUCUUUUUUCUUUCUUUCUUUCACUAUCUUUCAUUUUCUUUUUUGCUCUCUCCCUAUCUUUCUUCUUUGUUUCUCUAUUCCCUUUUUCUUUAUUCUUUUCUCUAUCUUUCCAUUUUCUUUCUUUCUUUUUUUUUCGUUCACUAACUUUCAUUUUUUUUCUUGCUCUCUCCUUAACUUUCUAUCAACUUUUCUCAAUUUUACUCUAUCUAUCCUUCUCUCUUUUUCUUUCUCUCUCUCCUUCUCUCUCACACUCUCUCUCCUCUCUCUCUCUCUCUUUCUCUCUCUCUCUCUCUCUCUUAACAAUCUGUUUACAUCUACCUAUCUAUUUAUCUAUCUAAAUAUGACACUCUGUUCAUUAUCUAUCUAUCUAUCUAUUCUUUUCAUAUCUAUAGAUAUCUAUACUGAAUUUAAUCGCUAUCUUAAUCUCCCUCUCCCUUUCCCUCUUUUCUCUAUCUAUCCUAUUCUGUUAUCUAUCUAUCUAUCUAUCUAUCUAUCUAUCUAUCUAUCUAUCUACCGCAGUAUGAAUCAACAUUAA